GAGAGGCCAGAGCGGCGGCGGCGGCGGGAGGAGGAGGAGGAGUUCCGCCGCGAUGGCGGCCAUGGCGGAGGAGGAGGAGUACGAGGCAGUGCUGUGCGUGAAGCCGGCGGUACACGUCUACCGGGUGCCGCCGCGGGCCUCCAACCGCGGCUACAGAGCUGCAGAGUGGCAGCUGGACCAGCCGGCGUGGAGCGGCAGGCUGCGCAUCACCGCCAAGGGCAAGCUGGCCUUCAUUAAGCUGGAAGACAAGACCUCAGGAGAACUCUUCGCCCAGGCGCCCGUGGAGCAGUUCCCUGGCAUCGCUGUGGAGAGUGUGACAGACUCCAGCAGAUAUUUUGUCCUCCGGAUCGAAGAUGGGAAUGGCCGCCGAGCUUUCAUCGGAGUCGGCUUUGUCGACCGAGGGGAUGCUUUUGACUUCAACGUGGCUCUCCAAGACCAUUUUAAAUGGGUGAGGCAGCAGAGUGAGCUGGCCAAACAGGCCGAGAACCCUGAGCAGGGACCCAAACUGGACCUGGGCUUCAAGGAGGGGCAAACCAUCAAACUCAACAUUGCGAAUAUGAAGAAAAAAGAAGGAGCAACGGGGAACACCAGGCCACGUCCCUCGAGUCUCGGGGGCCUGAGCUUGCUCCCCCCUCCUCCUGGAGGAAAAUCUUCAGCUCCAGUUUGUCCUCCAUCUGCCGGCUCCGCGCCCCACCAGCUGCCAGGCACCCCCAUCACAGACUCUCUCUUGGCCUGGCCACAGCCUCCUGCUGCUCCUUCCACCGCCACCACCGAUGUUUGGGGAGACUUUGCCAAAGCUUCAGGGUCAGCUUCUAACCCGACCCAGACAAACACAGGCUGGGUUCAGUUCUGAACCCCGGCCCCUCGUGUCCCCCCCCGGGUGCUGGGAUCAUCCUCACUCCUUCUGGACCAAAGCAGGGGGGGUUUGGGGGGACACCCCCCCUCCUGCCCUUAAAUAUCCAACCCCCCCACCCCCCCACGGCAUCGAAAUGCUGAAAUAAACCAAGAUGUGCCUUAAAACACUCCACGCCGGCGCCCUCCGCCUCGGGGAGGGGAAGGGGGGGCUUUAUUUUUAUUUUUCACCUGGAUGAACCUCGGAGGCUUCUCCUUCAAGAUAAAAAAAAGCCAUCAGCUUCAUCACCUCGUCUUAAUUAACGAGAGGGUGAGGAGGGGGGGACCCUCACUCUCAGCCCUGCCCUAAUUAAGGUCAUUUUGGAGGCGACGGAGCCUCCCGGGAGCCUUUUUCCUGGUGGAUUUGGGCUGGAUAAACCUUUUCCCUGGUGGGGGGUGUCCUCCUGGAGACACUUUGCUGGUGAAAAUCCAAACGAAAUGCCCCCCCCCUCCCCCCAAUAUUUUUUUUCUCAGUGCUUUUUUCUCUGCCCUGCAGCUGGGGGGGGAGGGGGCGGGGAAGCCAAACCGCUGCCUUUUUGAUGCUGAAAUCCUCAAUUCCUUACACCGGGAAGAUGUAUUUUUUCACCUCUAUUUUGAAGAGAGAGAUUUUUUUGGAGGGGUUGGUUGGUUGGGGGUUUUUUAUGAUUUUUUUUUUUUACUUCUGCGGAGAUUUUAUGAAGCGGUAUUUGCCAUGAAGGACAGCGCGGAGUCGGUCUCUUUGAGAUUCCUCU